UUUUAAUGGCCGCCGUUCAUCCGGUCCACGCGGUUUGCUGUCUCCUCAGUUUUUUUUUCAUAUUUUAAUAGUGAAAAUUAUCCACGUACGGAUACAUAUUAAGUAAAUAUAUUAAUCCGUCAUAAUAAUUAAAAUUAUUAUUGAGCUUCCAGUUAUUAAUUAAUGGUGAUUAAAGUUAUUUAAUAAUCAUGGCUAGAUACGGACAACGUCCUGAAAAUGCACUUAAACGUGCCAAUGAAUUUAUUGAAGUAGGUAAACCAGCUCGUGCAUUAGAUACCCUCCAAGAAGUAUUCCGUAAUAAAAAAUGGACAUACAGUUGGUCGGAAUCGGUUUUAGAACCGAUCAUGUUCAAGUAUCUCGAUCUAUGUGUCGAGUUAAAAAAAUCUCACAUCGCAAAAGAAGGUCUAUUUCAAUACCGUAAUAUGUUUCAAUCAGUAAAUGUCGGUAGUUUAGAAAAUGUUAUCCGCGGUUAUUUACGUAUGGCUGAAGAAAAAACCGAAGCAGCUCGUAAGCAAAGUCAACAAGCGGUGAUCGAUAUCGACGAUCUAGACAAUUUAGCAACACCCGAAAGUAUUUUACUAUCAGCAGUAAGUGGUGAAGAUGCACAAGAUCGUAGUGAUCGUACUAUUUUGACACCGUGGGUUAAAUUUUUAUGGGAAUCUUACUGUCAAUGUCUUGAAUUAUUGCGUACAAAUGCUCAUGUUGAAACACUUUAUCAUGACAUAGCUCGUAUGGCAUUUCAGUUUUGUCUAGAAUACAAUCGUAAGACCGAAUUUCGUAAACUCUGUGAAAAAUUACGUAAACAUCUUGAAGAAAUUUGUAAAUUACCCCAAUUAGUAUCAAACGUAUCAAUGAAUAAAGCCGAAACACAGCAAUUAAAUUUAGAAACACGUUUAAUUCAACUUGAUUCCGCCAUACAAAUGGAACUGUGGCAAGAAGCAUACAAAGCAACUGAAGACAUUCACGGUCUUAUGAAUUUAUCUAAAAAACUUCCAGUACCAAAAACUAUGGCCAAUUAUUAUCAAAAAUUAGCAAUGGUAUUCUGGAAAGCCGGCAAUUACUUAUUCCAUGCUGCAGCAUUAUUCAAACUAUUACAAUUAUCUCGUGAAAUGAAAAAGAAUAUGUCAGCUGAAGAACAACAGCGUAUGGCUAAUCGCGUAUUAUUAGCAACGUUAUCAAUCCCAUUGCCAUCAGCGCAUCCCGAAUUUGAUCGUUUUAUUGAAACAGAUAAAAGCCCACUUGAAAAAGCUCAAAAAUUAGCAAUUUUACUCGGUCUGACCCAACCUCCAACUCGCGCAUCACUUUUACGUGACAUUGUUCGUAUGAAUGUUGUCAAUUUAGCAUCUCCCCAAUUACAAGAUUUGUAUUCAUGGUUAGAAGUUGACUUUCAUCCGUUAGAAUUGUGCUCACGUGUCCAAUCUGUAAUAACGACACUGCAAGUUGAUGAAUCGAGUGCAUUAGCUCAGUAUGUAACUGCGUUACAAGAUGUCACACUAGUACGUCUUAUUCAUCAGAUAUCACAAGUUUACCAGACGAUCCAAUUCGCACGUUUGAUUGAACUAGCCAAAUUUACAACAGAUUUUCACUUAGAACGUCUGUUAGUUGACUGCGUGCGUUACAAUGACAUGCAGAUACGCAUUGAUCAUGGAAAACGUUGCAUCCACUUUGGUGUUGAUUUGAGCGAAGCUCAACGCGAAGAUCAUCCAGAUGGUCCUGUACUUCAGGCAAUGCCGUCUGAACAAAUUCGCUGUCAAUUGGUUAAUAUUGCGACGGUAUUACAUCGUGCUAUUAAUAUAAUAUUCCCUAAUAAACGUAAGCAAGAACGUGAAAAAAUACGCGCUUCGAUGGUCACGUUGUACCAUGAAACUAAAAACAAAGAACAUCAUCGUGUACUUGAACGUCAAUAUAUUAUUGAACAGCGUAAAGAAUACAUUGAACGCGUUAACACAAUACGCGAAGAAGAAGAAAUGCGUCGUCAAGAAGAAUUACAUCGUCAGCAAAUGUUGGCUGAACAAAAACGUCUAGAGCAAGAACGUGAAGAACGUGAGCGUAAACGUCAGCAAAGUGAAAUACAACAGAUUAAAGAUCGUCAUUUGAAAGAGAAAAUGCAACAAAUAUCGCAAACAAGUCACGGGCAAAAGGUAUUGAAGAAGUUAGAUGAAGAUGAAAUUAAGAAAUUAGAUGCUGAACAAAUAGCGGCACGUGAAGCUGAAGAGUUACAAAAAGAAAGACGUGAAAUGCAACAAAAGUUGAAGUCACAGGAAAAAAAAGUCGAUUAUCUAGAGCGUGCUAAACGUAUUGAAGAAAUACCAUUGUUACAAAAAGCUGUUGAAGAAAAACAAGAAUUGGCUAAACAACAAUGGGAACAACAGGAACAGGAACUUAUUUUGGCAGCUAUUGAAGAACGUAAUCAAGCUGUCGCAACACGUGAACGUAUGUCACGAAUGAAAGAAGACGCUGACGCAUUUUUGGAUAAAAUAUUGGCGGAACGUAAGAGCGUUUAUUUGGAAAGGUUGAAAGAAUUUGAAGUCAAGUUUAAUGAAGAACGCGCUAAACGCCUGUUGGAACGUAAAAUUGCUAGGAAAGCUGAACGCAAAGCUAAAUGGGAACAGGAACGCGCUGAAGCUGCUGAGCGUAAACUCCAAGAAGAGCUGAGAAUUAAACAAGAAGAAGAAAGGAAACGUAUUGAAGAAGAACGCGCUUUGCGUGAGGAAGAAGAAAGAAUCAAACGCGCUGAAGAAGCUGCUAAAGAAGCCGAGCGUUUGGCCAAAUUGGAAAAACAAGCUGAAAUAAUACGAGCUAAAGAAGCUGAAAUUGAACGGAAACUUGAGGAAGAACGCAAACGAGAUAGCGAAGCUGAAACUUGGCGUCGUGGUGCUGGACUUAGAGAACGUGGAGGUGAUCGUAUGCGUGGUAGUGAUCGAAAUGAUCGUAAUGAACGUGAACCAAAAACGGAUGUUUCAUCGUGGCGUAGUGAAGCACGCGAUGAACCUAAACCACGUGAUGACAGAGAUGAUGAUCGUGGUAAGAAACGAAUUGAAAGGCAGGAUGAUGCUAAAUGGGAUCGAUUUUCUAAAGAUAAAGACCGCGAACCCAAGGAUUCGAGAGAUUCGAGAGAUAUGAGAGAUAUUAGAGAUAUGAGAGAUAACAGAGACUCGAAUACGAGAGGCGCGAGAUUUGAAAAACCUAGAGGAGGUAGUGAAAUGAGCACUGGUAGUUGGAGACGUGGAGGCGAUGAUAGGAAAGAUGAUAAGAAGGAUGAAAGAAUUGAACGUCCUGGUCCAAGACGUAUGGACAUGCAAAGACCACGUGACCGCGAUGAUGAGAGACCUAGAUACCAGAAAUCUUCGGGAUCAAACGAUUGGCGCAAUAGGAACAUUGAUGAUUCACCAAGAGAUCUGCCUAAACGUGAUGAUAAAGAAGAUCGUGAUCGUAGAGAAGAUAAAUACAAACGUGAAGAAAAAAAUGAAAACCAAGAAGAUGAAGGUUGGUCCAAAGUAAGCAGCAAACGUUAAAAUAAUUAAUCAUUUAUCGAAUAAUAAUCUACUGGAUUAUCAGUUUUGCCACAAGGUUUAAUAUGAACCUCAUUUUUAUUAGCAAAAAAAAAUAAAAAAUAAUAAAAAAAAUGAAACAAAUAAAUAAAUGAAAAAUAUAAACUAUUUCAUUGAUAAUUAAAUUAAGAUUUUUCACAUUAAUAUUUUUUUUAAAAUGCUAAUUAAAAAUAUUUAAAUGGCUUCAAUUUUCUCGAGUCAUUUUUUACCUUAAGAUAUUGUACAAUAAGUGAAAUUACGUUUUUUUAGAUUUCUUUUGAGUUUUAGUAUUUUUUAUUUUAAAAUAAUAGGAAGAAUAAUUACAAAUAAAAA